CCGGAGGAGCUUGGAAUGUUCAAAACCUAUCCACAUUCCAUUUCUACAGGCGUGAAAAACCGCAAAACAGAAGUAGAACUCUGUGAGAUGGCAGACUUGAUUGUGGGAGUUGGACCCAAGUUGUGCGAGGCAUGUCGCAGAUACCUUCAUUCGUAUAAGAAAGAUGAAAGUAUCCUUGACAUCACCCCUGGCGUUUUUGAUGAAUUUGUGAGUAUUAAACACGUCGAUAAAAAAAUGAAACAAUGUCGUAUUCUAGUGUUUGGCCGAGGAGAUGCCGAAGACUUCAAGUUGAAAGGUUUCGAUAUAGCAGCCAAAGCUGUUGCUAAGGUUGAAGACGCUAGUCUAAUUUUCGUUGGUGCUCCGGAAGGAAAACACGAAGAAAUAGCCAAACGUUUUCUCGAAUGCGGUGCGCCUGCCGGCCGCCUUACUGUGAGAAGCUUUGAGAAAAACCGCGAGAGUCUGAAACACUUGUUUUGCGAAGUGGAUCUAGUGCUUAUGCCAUCAAGGACUGAGGGUUUUGGCCUAACUGGUUUGGAAGCUUUAUCAGCUGGUCUCCCUGUGCUUGUCAGUAAAAACUCAGGGUUUGGAGAAGCCCUGAAUGAAGUACCAUUUGGUGCAGCGUAUGUGAUUGAUUCAGAAGAUUCCAAGGUAUGGGCUGAAGAGAUCAAGAAAGUCCGGAAGAAAAAAAGACAGACGCAACUACAGGAGGCUGAUGCACUCCGCUCCUCAUACGGAAAGAAAUACAGCUGGGCUGAGCAAAUUCAAGCUUUCGUAACUGAGAUGAUCAACAUUGUUAAUGAUGCUUCUGUUUGUGAGGUGAGCGGAACCCAACAUCAACACCAAUCAUCAGGUUUAUCCCUUCCCCAGGUUGCGCAAAAGGAUGAUGAUCAGCACACAGCUACGAAAAUCUUUCAUGAUCUGCAACAAUUGAAUUCUAAACAACCAACGCACAAGGAAAGUGAACUGUUGUUGGAGCUGCAGAAAACUGCUGAAGACAAAGGAUUUGUUAUUUGUGACAAUCCAGCAUCUGGAAACUGCAUGUUCUAUACAUUGUCUGAACAACUGCAACACGUGAAAGGAAUCAACAUCUCACACAAAGAAAUAAGGAAGGAAUUAGUUCGGUUCCUAGAAAACUUUCCCAACCUGCCCGAUGGAACAGAGCUGUUCAAGUUUGUCCACGGAUAUCCAUCAUGGUCUGAUUACCUGAGAAUAAUGGCCCAAGACGGCACCUGGGGUGAUCACGUGAUCCUUCAUACUGCAGCAAACUGCUACAAGAUUCGUAUUCGUGUGAUCAGUAGCCUUGGCUGUGAUGUCAUGAUCAGUCCGAAUCAUUCCGAUGUUGUCAACACCAAUACACUUGUGGUUGGUCACAUUCACGAAAAGCACUAUGUAAGCCUUCGACUCAAACAAGAUAUUCCUGAGCCUUGCGAGUUGAUUGAGAGGAUUCGUCAGCUGUACAAAAUACGUGAAGAACAACUCCUGCCAGUCCCUUGGUGCGAAGAUUUCAGUUUUAAACUGAACGAGAUUUUCACCAGGCUUAGAAUUGUACGCAAAGAUAAGACUAGAGGAGAAAUGAAGGAGGAGAUCACAAACAUGACAGCUAUCUUCAAAACACAUGAAGAAUGCGAAGGGAAGAAGACUGCACCCCCCACUGCGCCACGGACUGCACUUCUGACUGUACCCCGGACUGUUUUGAUCGAAGGGGAUCCAGGUAUGGGAAAAACAACCUACUGUCAGAAGCUGGCCUACGACUGGGCAACUUCACGAGAACACUGGGACAAGUCCUUCCCAAUGAUUGCUCUACUUUUACUGCUAAGGUGCCACGAAAUCAAAUCUAACCUUUGGAAAGCAAUUGAUGAGCAACUUCUUCCUGAUGACAUCGACGAAGAAAGUAAACAAAACCUUUUCAAGUUCAUUCAUGAGAAUCAGUCCAGGGUUUUGUUUGUUUUUGAUGGCUUAGACGAAGCUGACCUUGGUAAAAUAGACCUUUUUAUCAGUCUCACUCAAGGAAAACAACUCCCCAAAUGCCUUUUUGUUUUCACUUCUCGUCAUGAAUCUGGGAUGAAAAUGAGGCGCUACUGUGACAAUCUGUGGGAGAUUGUGGGAUUCACACAAGAAGACGCCAAACAUUUUAUUUACAAGUACUUUCGAAACAUGGAACACUUGGCUGAGAGACUUUUUAAAGAGAUUAGGUCAAGAUCAGAAUUACGCCAACUGAUAUCAAAUCCUCUUAACACCGCACUAUUGUGCAUUCUUUGUGAAGAUUUUAAAGAAGCCUUUCCAAAGAGCAGAACUCAAUUGUACAUUGAAAUCGUAAAGUGUGUCUUGAGAAGAUAUGAAGAAAAGAAAGGAUUUUCCAGCAACAAUGAAGAUUUGAUUGAAUUUUACGAAGAGGAACUCAGAAGCUUGGGGAGUAUAGCGUUACAAUCUCUUCUUAAGGGUGAGCUAUAUAUCGAAGAAAGCAAAGUAAAUGCUAACAAUAUUAAUGCUGUAAAGAAGUUUGGAUUUCUAUCAGUUCAGUCUGGAAGCCGUAAGAGAGAUCCUUGCUUUCGUUAUAGCUUUCUGCACAAGAGCUUUCAAGAGUUCUUUGCCGGUUUUCACCUUGCUUUAAAGAUUGUCAGAGAAGAAGAUGAAGCAGAAAUCAAAAUCUUAGAUAAAAGAUUUCUGGGUGAGCUGCAUCAGGUGUUUUUGUACAUAUGUGGAGUUGUUGCUAUGCAAUCCGAGGAAACUGCGAGGCGUCUCUUGCGGAAACUUACCACUCAUGUAAAUAUGUUAAGUGCGGCAUCUCAAAGAGUUAGUAGAAACAUAGAAUUGGCAUUUUUUUUAGUAGAUGAAUGUGUAAAAUGUAAGGAAAGCCUUCAGUCCCAGUUGCUUCAUGAGUUUGGGGCUCACCUCCAGCUCAAGGCUUGCACGUUAAGAAUGAUGCCGCAAUUCUUUUUUUUUUUUGAAAGUCUUAAAUCCAAUACCUUUUUAACUUAUUUAAACCUAGCUUGUCCUACUUCUGAAGAGGUUGUCAACGACCCAGACACUAUUUCAUCGGUUCGUUUGACAUGGGUUUCGAUUGGUGUUGCUUCUCUCUCUCAGGCUCUUUCAGUCAAUAAUACAUUGACUCAUUUGAACUUGAAAUGUGCUAUGGUCCGUGAUUCUGGUGUUGAUUCUCUCUCUGAGGCUCUUUCAUCCAAUACUGCAUUGACUCAUUUGUACUUGAAUAGAAAUAUGAUUGGUGAUUCUGGUGCAUCUUUUCUCUCUCGUGCUCUUUCAGACAAUACUACAUUGGCUCAUUUGAACUUAGAUAGAAAUGCGAUUGGUGCUUCUGGUGCUGCUUCUCUUUCCCAGGCCCUUUCAGUCAACAGCAGUUUGGUUUAUUUGAAUUUGGACAGGAAUUUUCUCGGUGAUUCUGGUGCUGCUUCUCUCUCUCAGGCCUUUUCAGCCAAUACUACAUUGGCUCAUUUGAACUUGGGUAGAAAUGCGAUUGGUGCUUCUGGUGCAGCUUCUCUCUCCCAGGCCCUUUCAGUCAACAGCAGUUUGGUUGAUUUGAAUUUGGAAAGGAAUUUUCUCGGUACUUCUGGUGCUGCUUCUCUCUCUCAGGCCCUUUCAGUCAAUAGCAGUUUGGUUGAUUUGAAUUUGGAAAGGAAUUUUCUCGGUACUUCUGGUGCUGCUUCUCUCUCUCAGGCCCUUUCAGUCAAUAGAAGUUUGACUGAUUUGAAUUUGCGUGAUAAUAAGAUUGGUGAUUCUGGUGCUUAUUUUCUCUCUCGUGCUCUUUCAGUCGAAACAACAUUGGCUCAUUUGAACUUGGGUAGAAAUGAGAUUGGUGCUUCUGGUGCUGCUUCUCUCUUCCAGGCCCUUUCAGUCAACAGCAGUUUGGUUGAUUUGAAUUUGGAAAGGAAUUUUCUCGGUGAUUCUGAUGCUGCUUCUCUCUCUCAGGCCCUUUCAGUCAAUACUACAUUGGCUCAUUUGAACUUGGGUAGAAAUGAGAUUGGUGCUUCUGGUGCUGCUUCUCUCUCCCAGGCCCUUUCAGUCAACAGCAGUUUGGUUGAUUUGAAUUUGGAAUGGAAUUUUCUCGGUGAUUCUGGUGCUGCUUCUCUCUCUCAGGCCUUUUCUGUCACUACUACAUCGACUCGUUUGAAUUUGUGUGGCAAUGAGAUUGGUGAUUCUGAUGCUGCUUCUCUCUCUCAGGCCCUUUCAGUCAAUAGCAGUUUGACUGAUUUGAAUUUGCGUGAUAAUAAGAUUGGUGAUUCUGGUGCUGCUUCUCUCUCUCAGGCCCUUUCAGACAAUAGCAGUUUGACUGAUUUGAAUUUGCGUGAUAAUAAGAUUGGUGAUUCUGGUGCUGCUUCUCUCUCUCAGGCCCUUUCAGUCAAUAGCAGUUUGACUGAUUUGAAUUUGCGUCAUAAUAAGAUUGGUGAUUCUGGUGCUGCUUCUCUCUCUCAGGCCCUUUCAGUCAAUAGCAGUUUGACUGAUUUGAAUUUGCGUGAUAAUAAGAUUGGUCAUUCUGGUGCUGCUUCUCUCUCUCAGGCCCUUUCAGUCAAUAGCAGUUUGACUAAUUUGAAUUUGUGUGAUAAUAAAAUUGGUGAUUCUGGUGCUGCUUCUCUCUCUCAGGCCCUUUCAGUCAAUAGCAGUUUGACUGAUUUGAAUUUGCGUGGUAAUAACAUUGGUGAAUCUGGUGCUGCUUCUCUCUCUCAGGCUCUUUUAGUCAAUACUACAUUGACUAAUUUAAACUUGGAUAUAAAUUGGAUUAGUGCUCCUGUUGCUACUUUUCUCUCACAGACCCUUUCAGUCAACAGCAGUUCGGGCUGAUUUGAAUUUGGAAAGGAAUUUUCUCGGUGCUUCUGGUGCUGCUUCUCUCUCUCUCUCUCUCUCAGGCCCUAUCAGUCAAUAGCAGUUUGACUGAUUUGAAUUUGUGUUAUAAUGAGAUUGGUGAUUUAUGUACUGCCUCUUUCUCUCAAGCCCUUUCAG